AUGGACGCCUCCUCCCUCCGCAUCUCCAAGUUCGAUGGAACUAACUUCCACGCCUGGAAGUUCAAGAUGCAGAUGGUGCUGGAGGAACGGGACCUAUGGGAGGUCGUCAGCGGUGAGAUCAAGGCGGAACAGUGCGAGACUCAGUUGGACCAAGCGACGUACAAGAGGAAGUCAAGAAAGGCGAUGGCAGUGAUCUGUCUAGCCAUGGAAGAUUCCCAGCUACCGUUGGUCCGGUCGGCAAGUGGUGCAUGCGACGCAUGGUCAAGGUUGGAAGACCACUUCGAGAAGAAGAGUCUUGCCAACAAGCUGUUCUUGCGCCGUCGCUUCUUCACGACAAUGAUGGAAGAAGGCGACGAUGUGCUCGAACACAUCAACAAGCUCAAGACGCUGGCGGAACAGCUAGAAGCGCUUUGGAGUCGCGCUCAGACACUCUUAGCUGGGGAGCUCGUGACGUCUCGACUGCUUCAUGAAGAAAUGAAGCGGAAGGAGCAAGGAAGUAAAGGUGAUGAAGCUUCGCAAGGUCAAGCGUUCAUCACAAGGGACAAUCAGCGCAAAGGGCGACCAGUGAAGAAGUCCUGGCCGUGCCACAAUUGCGGAAAGAUUGGUCACUGGAUGGCGGAGUGCCCCUCGCGCAUCCAAGAAAACACGGAGAGACACCGGCCACAGCGUGCUCAAGACAGCGGCGACCGCUAUCGAUCACAACGUGCAAACGUCGCUCAAGAAGAAGACUCGGGCGACUACCUCUUUUCGAUCGGUGAAACGACAUCUGCGAAAUCGAGCGACAUCUGGCUGGUCGACUCCGGGGCGACGCAGCACAUGACGUGCUCCAAGAAGUUCAUGCGGAACUACAAGGGGUUUGACGCUGUGGAUGUCCAUCUCGCGGAUGAUGGAAUCGUCAAGCAAUCGGCAGUGGGGACAUUGUCAUGUCGAUGA